AUGAAGUCUGGGAACAUCAAAACGGAAGCUCAAUAUGCUAAGGCCAAUUUUUAUUAUUCUGAUGGAACAGGGCGUGAUACAUAUGUCUAAUUUGAUAACGGUGGGUUGACAUUACAUGCUUAAAGAUGUCAUCAACCUCCCAUUGGAAGUUUUUAGCCUAAGAAAUCAACGAAAAUAUAUCGACCUCAAUCUAGCAAUAAGACUCUGCAUUAUAUUAGCAAUGGGAGUGGAAGAGAUAAUUAUAUUUUAGAUAGUCAUGGUGGAUUGAUGAAUACUUGUGCAGAUAGACACUGGUUAGUCUCAUUUAAAUAAGGCUUGAGAACUCCUGAGAGGGCAAGACCUCGUUCUGGUGCCAAAACACCUUAAUAUUCUUAUCAGCAGAGAAUUUGUAGACGUCUUUCUGUUCCUAAAUACACAAAGAUCCCAUUUGAAAAACAAUUAUAAAGUGAAGAUAUCAUAUGA